ACAUCCCGAAAUCGCCGUAAGAACUGCCGAAGCAGCUACCUCAGCAAGUGCUAACGUUUCGGAAGAAAACAUUAGAAAGUGGUUCAAACAAAUAGAAAAUACACUUACUGAUGAAGAGCUUAAAAUCCUUGAUGAUCCAAAUAGAAUGUUCAAUGGAGACGAGACAGGCUUCCAACUCUGUCCUAAAAAUGGUAAAGUUUUGGCGGAAAAAGGGUCCAGAGAUGUCUACGAAAUAGAUAUGGCAGCAGCAAAGUCAAAUAUAACUGUCAUGUUCACUUUUUCAGCAAAUGGGUCAGUUACACCACCUUUGGUAAUAUACCCACUGAAGCGGAUGCGUGCAGAUAUAAGAGAUUCUGUUCCUCCACAUUGGGGAAUAUCACUGUCAGAGACCGGGUGGAUGACAAAGGAAUUUUUUUUCCAAUAUGUGACGAACAUUUUACACCCUUACCUUGUGAGUAACAAUGUUGAAUUCCCCGUGAUUUUGUUCGUCGAUGGCCAUAAAAGCCAUAUAAACUAUGAACUGAGUCAGAAAUGCAAAGAAUUGGGUAUAGUAUUAGUUGCGCUGUACCCAAAUGCAACUAGAAUACUGCAACCAGCUGACGUGUCAGCAUUUAAACCCAUAAAAAAUGGAUGGCGGAAAGCUGUGCUCGAAUGGCGACAAAACAACGUUUCUAAGCAACUUACUAAAGUAGACUUCGGCGGGGUCCUCACCACUGUAGUGGAAAAGUAUAUAAAGAAGGAAGUUUAGUGAUCGUAAAUGGGUUUCGGGCUUGCGGAUUACAUCCUUGGAAUCCUAACGCCAUAAGCUAUGCUAAAUGUCUUGGGAAACAAAAACAGACUGAGCCUUCUUAAAGUAAGAGUAACCAUGCGAUAGGCCUAAAUUGGAGAUUGUUUUAUUAUUUUUACUUUGGUAAGAAAAUUGAAAAUAUAAUUUAACUACCUUAAUUGAAAAAGCAACAUUUUUAUUUUAUUAUUCGUUUCCCAUCACUAUUGCCCAUUCCACUACAUUCAUUGGCACACCACGUGUGCAAUGAUUGGCCCGGUCAUUCUUCAGGUAGCUAGGUCAAUGGACUAUGCUCGAGGGGGCCAAUAAUACUACUUUUGGGUGUUUUUUACUUAAAUUGAGUGAAAAUAUAUAUUAACACAAAGGUGUAGAUCCAAAUCGUGUUCAAAUUGUUCUAAAUUCCUUUAGGAAUGGUACUACAUAAUUCAGCAGUCAAUUUUAUGUCAAUAUUCAGAGUAACAUGAGUUCAAAGUGAGAACUUUGCUUAAAGGGCCAAUCAUUGUACCGGUUACCCUACAUACCUGCAUGUGUAACAGCCCAAGGAAACACAAUUCAGGCACGAGGCAAAUUAGUAAGUCAAUUACUAAACACCAGGCGCAAAUACCAAAAACUUGGAGUGCUUGACAAAAGGGUGCCAAGUCCUCGUUCUUCUCACUCACAAGGAAAUGCAACAACUUCUGAGCCCAUCUGUUUAGAAGAUGAAACAAGAAUUCUAGAAAGUCUAACGUGGCUGAAACACAGUUCAUCACCUUGGUCUUUAGUACUGUCAAAAUGGAAUGAAACCUUCGAAAGUAGAAAAAUUAAAGACCCUGAAGGUUCUAUUGAGGAAUACAUUAAGACAUAUCCUGCUCUACAAAAGCCUGAAGGCUAUAUUUUGUGUACAUGGAUUGGAUUGAAUAAAGCACAGUUCAAUCAAAUGUUCACUGAAGUCCCUCAGUUAUUGGAUAUACCAAAAGCAACCGUAGCUUUAGCGGCUUACCUAAUGAAACUCAGAACCGGUGACUCCAAUGAAAGGUUGGCAACUUUGUUAAAACUUUCUAGGCGAACCCUAGAAAAGUGGCUGCACCAAGUAAGAGAUCUUCUCACAGAAAAUUUUGUGCCAAGAAAUCGAGGCCUCAAUCACAUAAAUAGGCAGCAAUUGGUAGAAAGAAACCUUUCAAUACCUCAAUCAUUGUCAUCUUUGAUGGAACAUAUUGAGAGUUCCAACUAUAUGUAUAAAAAAAUCUUACAGUAUGCAUAUGUAUAUAUAGAAACUUAAUGAAACCAUUCCUUAUGGUCUGUACUGAUGGACAUAUAAUUGAUGUUUUGGGUCCGGGUAUAUCCAGCCACAACAUCGGAUGCCGAUAUUAUGAAAAAUGAAUUUUCAAAUGAACAAAACCAUUAAGGUAGAUGCACCUAUUGUGAACGCGGACCAAUUAUGUACAUUUUUUGAAAUUACCUCCAUAAUUAAGAAAUCGGCAAAUUAUUUUUUUCGUAUGGCAACUUUAUUCAGUUCUACCAACAUACUAGAUGACAAUAUGUAAACCAUUUUUGAGAGCCAUCAGCCAUUUCGUUUCCGAUCAUUGCAAUUUCUUACUCGCCCGUUCAUCGCUAGCAAAAAUCUGGAUUUACUAUAAGGAUCGCGAUGCAAGUGAGUAUAUUUAUUGUUUUUUUUUUUUAUGCCAGGUUUAAUUUUGCUGUUAAAUAUCGCAUUCUUUAUUGAAUUGAAUUGUUAAUAGAUUUAAUUAUACAUUCUAACCUAAACCUUCUUAAUAAUUUCAACCAAAAUUUAUUGCUGUUCAAAAUUGGAUAUUUUUUUAAACCUGUACCUAAAUAUGGACAAAAUGUCCAUGAAGGGCAUUUAUCAAACUUUUUUUUUAAGUCUUAAAUUUCCCAACUUGUUUACCAUUAACUUAUUUUUUUAGUCAGCUGUAAAUUAUGUCUCUUUCCAAUUAUGUACAUAAUGUCCAUAAUUAGGUGUCCAAAAUUGGUUCAAUGAAAUUAACAAAGAAACAAAUUUUGUUUGACUGUAGAUAUGGCAUCUAGAAAUCAAUAUACGAAAGAACAAAAAUGGCCAAAGCCAUCGAAGAAGUAAGAAAAGGAGAGAAAAUAUCUACUGCUGCCACAAGAUACGGAGUACAGGUCGCGUCAUGUAAAAAGAGCGCUGGUGGUCAAGCUGCGCAUUAAGCGAUUUAUCGGUCGAUUUGGUGGUAUGAGGUGCGGCGCGGGGCGGGCGGGUCUCGCUUCGCAUGCAUGCCGGUGGGCUAUUGGUUCGUCAGUCGACCUUUGAUUUCGAAGCUGUGUCCACGUCACAAUCGUUCUCAAAAUACCAUCGUGCACAAAAGUUUUUGAUUACGAAAUGGUUUUACACAGAAAAGUGAGAAAAAUGAUUUACGACGUAUAUUGUUUUAUGAAGAGAGAGGCUGAUAAUAAAGCAGUUGAUAAUUUAAAACAAUGCAUGAAACGGACCGCAGAGGCAACAAAAUGUUCCGUGAUUACAGUGAGACGAAUUGUAAAAGAAUCAAAAUCUUCAGAAUUUCUUACUGUCUUUAGAACUCCCGGCAAAAAUAAAAGAAACAAACAAAAACCAAUAACAGGCAUUGAUAGCUUUGAUCAGGGUGUUAUAAAAAGAAUCAUCCAUAAUUUCCACAUCACUGAAAAAGAAUUGCCUACCAUAGGCAAGUUGCGAAGGAAGUUACAGGAUGACCUACAUUUUCAAGGAUCUGCAGCAAGUCUCAGGCGAAUAAUAAAAAAUUUGGGGUUUAAAUGGAAAGCAACAGAAACGAAUAGGAAAAUUUUAAUUGAGCAGUCACAAAUUCGAUUUCAAAGAAUUGAAUAUCUGAGAAAGAUCAAAAAAUAUAGAGAGGAAGGAAGACCUAUCAUUUACACUGAUGAAUCUUAUGUCGACAGUUCCCAUGCAUCUCACCAUUCUUGGACAGACGGUCCCACCAAAGGCAUUAAAAAACCAAUAUCUAAAGGUAGCCGAUUGGUCAUAGAGCACGCGGGUGGUGAAGCAGGUUUUGUGCCGAAUGCUUUGCUGACAUUCAAAGCCGGUACAAAAAGCGGCGACUACCACGACAACAUGAAUUCAGAGAAUUACGAGCGAUGGCUCCGUACUAAACUGAUGCCGAAUUUACCGCCGCCUAAUUCAGUCGUGGUAGUCGACAAUGCAUCGUACCACAACAAACAACUUGAUGCUGCACCAGCGUCCAAUACAAAGAAAGCAGAUAUGCAAACCUGGCUCAGUCAAAAAGGAAUUGAAUAUGAAGAAUACAUGUUAAAGCCGGAGUUGUACAACUUAAUAAAGAAAUAUAAAGAGCAAUUUAAGAAAUUUAGUAUUGAUGAGAUAUUGAACGAAGCAGGCCAUUCUGUACUUCGUUUGCCUCCAUAUCAUCCGGACUUAAAUCCAAUUGAAAUGGCCUGGUCCCAAAUAAAGGGAUAUGUCGCCAGCAAAAAUGUAAGUUGGAACCUUACACGGAUAACUGACCUGGUUAACGAAAAAGUAAAUUUAAUGGGCGCAACAGAAUGGGGGAAAUUAUGCACAAAGGUAAAGGAAAUCGAGGCCGACUAUUCUAAAAGCGAUCAUGUGGUCGACAUCAUGACAGAAACAUUUAUUAUUCGCGUAGGGGAUGAUGAUUCUGACUCAAAUAAUGAUGAAAGUUUAAGUGAUGAUAGCGACGACGAUGAAAUGGCCACCUCUAGCACCAACACCGCGUCCUCAUCUGGUUUUCACGUCACCUACAACGUCUUAAUGGAAGGAGUUUCAAUAUUACCAUUUUGUAGUGUUUGGUGUAUGAGUGAAAGACUAUAUUGUGAAGCGACUUGAGUUUAUUCAGUAUUAUGAAAUACAUUACAUUCAGUACAACCAAUGUAAGACGACGACCAAAGACCAAAGACAAUGGAGCAUGACGCCAUCUUAAGAGAUAGUGUUGUGCGUAACACUAGUGAUGUGACUAUUCUCAUAACAUCCUCCUUAUUAGAAAAAAGUAAAAUAUUUUAAUUUUACAGAUUGAUACAGUUUUACAGACUUGACUACUAUUACAACUUUUAUUUAUUAUUAUUAAAGACUUGACAAAUAACAUAAGACUUGUUUAUGUAAUACAAAAUAUGACAAUUUGUUGGAAUAAAAUAUAAGUAUUAUACUCUUUAAAUAGACUUAAACAGACACUCUA